UACGUCUUUUUUUUUUAAUUGGUAAAAACGACACACAUUCCGAUUUCCUGCCGUUUUUCAUCCACUUCAAAUAUGGGCCUAGAAAGGCCCAAACAUCUCAUAAAGUCUUCACGGCGUCGUUUUGAGAUCCUACUCGCUGCGCUGUUGAUUUAUGGUAUGGAGAUCUCUUUCGGCGGUUGAAAAACCUUUGAAAAAUUGAAAAUGGAGAAAUCGACCUCGCCGGCGACUCAAGUCACCGAACCUCCUCCUACUUCAUCUCUUCCAGCACAAGCUCCUCCGCUUCCUACAUCUGCAGAUCAGAGAUCAGCUGAGUUACCUUCGCCAGCUCAGAUGACUGCGCCUCCGUCGACAGUUACCACAGAUCCGUCGUCCAGGGGAAGAAAGCGAGCGCUGGAAGCGAAUCUUCAGAUCGAGAGCUCCAACUACUACAAGAUGCGUCUCCUUGUCAAAGAUCUUCGCCCUCACGUUCUCGAGGUUUUACGAACUCCAGAUUUCAGCAACUCCAAGGCAGCUAUCGAGAUUCAAGAGAAGAUGAAGCUUAUGCUUCAACUGUACCAAGAGAUGAUCGGAGAAUCUCCCAAACGUGAGAAAACAGCUAAGAGCGAGUCUUUAUCCAACGGAAAGGCCAUUCAUCAAACACCUCAGAGUACUACUACUAGUGUAUUGAGAUCAUCUGAAACAAGCUAUGUGAAUUCUGAUGGAGAUGGCGACAAGGUGGUUGGAGGGUCUGCAUUUGGCUGGAACUUCAUAACCUCUGGAGGGCCAGGCACUGAACCUGUUUAUUCUGGAAUGUCAAAGGAAGAAUACAGAAGCUCUCACCCAAUUAUCCAAGUGGAGGCAGCGGUUGAGUUGCACGACACAUUCUAAGCUUUGUUAGUGGCGUUUGUAUAAUAUUCACUUUGGUGUCCGUACAUCCCCAAUUGCCUUAUUAUAUGUGUAUCAACUGAAACCAUGGAUUAGCUUCUACUGAUGAAGCCUUAAUUUGUACACAAUGCUUAACAUCUAAACCUUCUUUUGCAUCCAAUGAGACAACACAUUACCUUUGGAUU